AUGACAAGUGUAGAGAUACGAAGGGUUCUUCAGCAGUUGCUGCGUGAUCCUGAAAAUCAGGUUUGUGCGGAUUGCAAGAGUUCGACUCAUCCGCGGUGGUCUUCAUGGUCUUUGGGGGUUUUCGUUUGUAUUAAGUGUGCUGGGUUUCAUCGGUCGUUGGGGACGCACAUCAGCAAGGUGAAGUCGGUUGAUUUGGACACAUGGAAGGAGGAGCAUUUGCAACAGUUGGUUAAGUUUGGGAAUAACCGGAAUGCGAAUGCGAUUUACGAGGCAUCUUUGGAUGGGAAUGGGGUUGGUUAUGUGCCAGAUGCUUCUAAGAUUGGGCAAUUCAUCAAGACCAAGUAUGAGUUGAAGAAGUGGUACGGUAAGGAUGUUGGAAAGGGGUCUUCUUGCUCGUCCAGUAGGGGGAAAGAAUUAUUGCAGGAUUUCGACCAGCCUCCACAAGAAAAUAAUGCGGAUAGUGUGCAUAGUACUCCCAGUAGCCACUGCAGUAGCAUGAACAUUAGAACUAGUCCUGCAGCGUCUACUGGUGCGGCGGUGAGUACGCAGAGUGGACAUGGAGGAGCCUAUGAUCUUAACAGCAGACCGAAUUUGAAGAAAUCGAUUCUUUCAUUAUAUUCUCGACCUAAACAGUCUCCUUCAUUUGAUCUUUCCACAAGUAGCAUAUCUUCGCUUCAGAAUGGUACUGCCGCUGCACACGUGAAUGUUAAUAACAGCAGUUCGUUGUCUUUAGAAGACAAUGAAUUAUUUAAAAAUGUCUGGACAUAA